UUAACCAAUAAUCUCCCCAUCUGUUUCGUCCUUCAACAUCAACUGAAAGAAAUGUCUUACACCAGCGUGGCCCGCUUGUAUGCCAAUGUUAAUCAGAACAUGCCCCGAGAGUACUGGGAUUAUGAUAAUUUACAAGUUCAAUGGGGGUUACAAGAUAAUUAUGAAAUAGUGCGUAAAAUAGGUCGUGGAAAAUAUUCAGAGGUUUUCGAGGGAGUCAACAUUGUGAAUAAUGAGAAAUGUGUUAUCAAAGUUCUUAAACCGGUAAAGAAGAAAAAGAUCAAACGUGAAAUAAAGAUCCUGCAAAACCUGGCUGGAGGUCCAAAUAUUGUUUCGCUUUUGGAUGUUGUGAGGGAUUCUCAGUCCAAGACGCCAUCUCUUAUUUUCGAAUAUGUAAACAACACUGAUUUCAAGGUGUUAUACCCAAAGUUUACCGAUUACGACGUUCGCUAUUAUAUCUUUGAGCUUUUGAAGGCAUUAGAUUUCUGUCACUCGAAAGGUAUUAUGCACAGAGAUGUGAAACCGCAUAACGUAAUGAUUGACCAUGAAAAACGCAAAUUGAGACUGAUAGAUUGGGGUCUGGCCGAAUUUUACCACCCUGGAACUGAAUAUAAUGUACGUGUUGCCUCAAGAUAUUUCAAAGGUCCGGAGUUGUUAGUGGAUUUCCAAGAAUAUGAUUACUCGCUCGAUAUGUGGAGUUUAGGUUGCAUGUUUGCUAGCAUGAUUUUUCGCAAAGAACCGUUUUUCCAUGGACAUGAUAAUUAUGAUCAAUUGGUAAAAAUUGCAAAGGUGCUUGGCACUGAUGAACUGUUUGCAUACCUUGAUAAAUACGACAUAGAGCUGGAUGCUCAAUAUGAUGAAAUCUUGGGAAGAUAUCAACGAAAACCAUGGAACAAAUUCAUUACCAACGAAAAUCAAAAAUUUGUCACAAAAGAAGCAAUCGAUUUUCUCGAUAAAUUGUUACGAUAUGACCACCAGGAACGGUUGACACCCGUAGAAGCCAUGGAACAUCCUUAUUUUGAUCCGGUAAAACAACAAUCUCGAGCUGAAGGAAAUGGAACUCGAGCAUAA